GCAUCGUUGCGUUUGACAACCGAACUCCGCGGACAUAUCACACCCGCAAUGUCUCGCCGACGCCCGAACUUCGCAGCUCGGACCGCUGAAGCAGAUGAUUCACGCCUGGAUCCGAACGAGCUGGACUCCUCUGCCAGUGCUGGGUUUCUGUCUUUGGCACCUGUCAUUCCACCCACCCAACAGGGACUCAACUCCACAGCUCCUGAACACCAUCACCACUCAUGGUCCACAAACCCGUUUCAUGGCCUGGGCAGAUUGUGGGCUGGAAACACAGACAAUGGAAAGGGGCAAGAGGCUAGUGGAGAACCUGUAUCUGCGCAUACGCCUUCUUUUACAGGACCCUUACACGAUGCCACUGUCGACAAGAGGGAUAGGAAUGGGCAUCGACCUCGAUUGACAGAGGAGUCCAAGAAGCUUGGAACAUUCUCCGGUGUAUUUGUUCCUGUGACGCUGAACGUACUCAGUAUUUUGAUGUUUUUGCGCUUUGGAUUUGUUUUGGGUCAAGGAGGAUUGUUAGGGAUACUAGGACUCCUCGUCAUAUCUUACACGAUUAAUUUGGUGACAACCAUGUCACUAUCCGCGAUCGCAACAAAUGGUACGGUCCGAGGUGGAGGUGCAUACUACUUGAUCUCUCGAUCUCUCGGUCCCGAAUUCGGUGGAUCAAUUGGAAUUGUCUUCUAUAUGGGCUACGUCUUCAACACUGGUAUGAACUCGGUCGGCCUGGUCGACUGUUUCUUUCAGAACUUUGGUAGCACAUCUGGCAGCUUGGGGAAUUUCCUCCAGGAAGGGUUCUGGUGGUCGUAUCUGUGGGGAACGAUUAUCUUAGUCCUCUGUACUGCCAUUUGCUUUGCUGGAAGCUCUCUAUUUGCAAGAGCUAGCAAUGGUCUUUUGGUUAUUCUUCUUGUGGCCACUUUCAGCAUCCCUCUAUCUGCCAUAUUCAUGAAGCCAUUCUCCCGAGAUGGCGUGGAGUUUACUGGGCUGAGCUUGAAAACGCUCGCGGGAAAUCUCACACCACACCUAACGAAAGGUGCUGCGGGAAGUCAGUUGAAAGGGAAGGAAAGUUUCCAGGAUCUUUUCGGCAUCUUGUUUCCGGCAACAGCAGGCAUAUUCGCGGGUGCGAGCAUGUCAGGUGAUCUCAAGCACCCAAGCAAAGCAAUUCCCAAAGGAACCUUGGCCGGCAUGGCUCUGACAUUCGUCACAUAUACAACGGUGAUCCUUGCCAUGGCAGCCUCCAUCACAAGGCAAUCGUUCUAUAACAAUGUGAAUGUAAUUCAGGUCGUCAACUAUUCUGACAGCCUCAUAUUAUUGGGAGAAUUCGCGACUAGUUUCUUCUCCGUGUUAAUGGGCGUCACCGGAUCUGCCAAGCUUCUCCAGGCAAUUGCUCGAGAUAGCUUAGUUCCUGGUAUUAAAAUUUUUGGUCAAGGUACAAAGAAGAAUGAUGAGCCCAUUUAUGCAAUCAUUAUUACCUUCAUCUUUGCCCAGGUUACAAUGCUGUUCGAUAUCAAUCGCAUCGCCUCCUUCAUAACCAUGAUAUACCUGAUGACCUUUCUAGUCACUAAUUUGGCUUGUUUCCUACUUAAGAUUGGGUCUGCCCCCAAUUUCCGACCAUCUUUCCAUUACUUCAAUUGGCAGACAGCAGCUGCAGGAACUCUGGUCAGUGGCGUCAGCAUGUAUUUUGUGGAUGGUCUCUACGCCAGCGGUGCGGUGAGCGUUUUGUUUAUCUUAUUCCUGCUGAUUCACUACACAUCACCACCCAAGCCAUGGGGAGAUGUCAGCCAAAGUUUAAUCUACCAUCAGGUGCGGAAAUAUUUGCUGCGCCUACGUCAAGAGCAUGUCAAAUUUUGGCGACCACAGAUUCUUCUAUUCGUGAGCGAUCUUGAUCGACAGCACAAAAUGGUCUCUUUCUGCAACUCUCUGAAGAAAGGCGCAUUGUUUGUAUUGGGCCACGUUAUUGUCACCGAAGAUUUCUCAUCAGCCGUUCCAGAGGCCCGUCGACAGCAAACCGCAUGGACUAAAUAUGUUGAAUACUCCAAGAUCAAAGCCUUUGUCAACAUUGCCAUUGCCCCGGCCGCAGAAUGGGGUAUGCGAAACAUUGUUCUCAACUCAGGACUGGGAGGCAUGCGACCCAAUAUUGUCGUGAUCGAUCAGUUUCGAGAGGACCAGUCUCUAGUGGAAACCUUGACUCCAAGCAGCAACACCAAGACGAGACGUCGCUCUUCAUACUUUGGCUUAAGGCGAGAGGCAUCAGAUGAAUCCGAGAUUCCGGUCAAGCCGAUGAGUAUCCAAAGCUACGUGACAGUCCUUGAGGACCUUUUGUUUAAGCUUCGUAUCAACGUGGCUGUGGCUAAAGGGUUUGAGAGCUUGGAGCUGCCGGACCCUCAUGGCCGUCACACAAAGAAGUUCAUUGACCUCUGGCCCAUCCAGAUGUCAGCGGAGCUAGGAGCCGACACCGAGAGUAAGCAGAAUGUAUUGACCACCAAUUUCGACACUUAUACCCUCAUUCUGCAAUUGGGCUGCAUUCUCAACACUGUUCCGUCGUGGAAGAAGACAUAUCAAUUGCGAGUGGCGGUGUUUGUUGAAUAUGAGACAGAUGUGGAGGAUGAAAGAAGACGGGUUGAAGCUCUUCUAGAGAAGCUGCGAAUUGAAGCCGAAGUACUGGUUUUCUGGCUUGCAUGCGGAGACUUGAAGGCAUACCGCAUAAUAGUCAACGGAGAUACCUCUUCAGAGAUUGCAGACGGUCAGGACCAUGUUGAUUCUGUCCUCCAGGACGAGGAAUGGUGGCAGGGAAUUUUGCGAGCUCGCAAUCACUCCCAAAGCCAGGCAGUAGAUGCAACUACUGGUGACAUGCGAAUGGAAAGAGCGGCUACGUGGCAGGCACCUUCGAGCAUAGACAGUGGGAACCGACCAUAUCAACAAGUGACCGGACUCAGGAGACUGAUCCAAUCCAACAAACGCAGACGGUCUGUAUCCAGCUUUAAGACGAUGGGGGGUGUCAAUCUAGGGAUGCAAAUCAACCGCCUUGGAGCCUUUGUUAAGUAUGAUGGGGAUGGGGAUACCUUAGUUGGGUAUAAUGGGGAGUUCUCCAGCAGUGAAAGCAGCAGUGACAGUGAACUGGAUCCAUACAUUAGCGAUCCAGAAGUUGAUGACGAGGACGAGGACCAGGAAGAGGUGGUCCAGAAUCGGAAUGGCUCUUCACAAUUGCCUCGCUCCAAAAGCGAUGGCCAAAGUCCUGGUGUGAGUCCCUCGACUCGUCCAAUCGCACAGGACUUCGCUAGCCAGGCAAUCCCCUCUAUAAUCACGGAAGACAAUGCAUCCCCAACAAGCAAAUCUCCGGCUCCUGGCCCAGUCCGUCCCAAACGCCCGGGCAUCAGCCGUUCUGCAUCCAGCAAUCGUUUCAGUUCCUCACCAAUCCCGGAAGCCAAGGUGAACACGGGAGCAGACGAGGCCGGACCGUCAAUUAUGUUCGCACAGAAUGCAUCACCGCCCCGCUUUACGCAGAAACUCGAUUCCAUCUACGCAAGGCGCCCAUCCGCCACCUCGUCUACCUCUCCCAGUGCACAGAUCAGCCAAACGGCGUCUGGGUUCCCAGGUCCCGCCUCUAUUCCAUUGUCCUUCAAUGAUCUUCCUAGCCGGGCACAGCAUCUCAUCCUCAAUGAGCUGAUGGUCCAGCAAAGCAGUGAGACAGCCGUUAUCUUCACGACACUACCGUCCCCGGUAGAGGGUACAUCCCUCCGCGAACAGGACAGUGCCUCGUACUUGAGUGACCUGGAAGUACUGUGGCAAGGCCUACCGCCGUGUUUGUUGGUUCACAGCAAUAGCAUGACCGUGACGAUGAAUCUAUGA